AUGGCACCAGCGCUGACAGCGGAGCCACUCAAUCCCAAGGAGAAGCUAACGAGCAUCGCUUCGCCGGCCACAGGGACGCGACAAUCUGUUCGUAAACUGGACGCGCCCACCAGCGGCGGCAGCGGAAGCGCAACAGUUACAGCAACAGCAACAGCUGCAGCAGCAGCAACUGCAGCCACGACGACGCCGAACACAACAACAAAAAUAACAACGAGUCGUGUGACACGCUCCAAGGAGGCGGCAAAGCGCACGGGUUCGCCAAGUGUGCAGCAAGUCAACAAUAAUAACAACAACAACAACAAGCGUAAAUCCACAAACAACAAUAAUAACCACAGCAGCAGCAGCAGCAGCCUCAGCAUCAGCAGCGAACUCAAAACAGCUGAGGUUCAAAUGGGCCUCAGCACAGCAACAACACACUCAAGUAGCGACGGCAACGCAGCUGUAGCGGUAGCAGCAGCAGCAGCAGCAGCGACAACAACAUCAGCUGCAGCCACAUCUAGUAGCUGCAGCGACUCAGCAGCGCCAGCAGUCGUCGUCGCCGCCGCCGCCAGCGAGGAGCACAACAACAACUGCAACAAGGAGAAUUCAGCGGCCGAGCUGCUGGCGCAUUUAAGUGACUUUGGUGAGGCGAUCACAGCUGAGAUUUGCCUGCGUAAAACACUGCCCGAGGUGAGCAUCAGCAAGGAGCAGCCGCCAGGAGGUGCAGCAGUAACAGCCGCCGAUACACCAACUUCAGCUACCGAACAACAACAAAUCCUGCAGCAGCAAUUGUUGCCCGUUGCGGACGUAUCCAUGUCAGAAGCCGCUGAAGCCGCAGCAGUGUCCCAGUCCGAAGCAGCAGCAACAACAACAACAGCAGCAACAAUAACUCCAAGUCCAGUGACAGCGCCAGAGUCAGAGUCCCUACAACAAUUGGUGGGACAGGGGGAUGAGGAGGCACUUCCAGACAUCCUGAGCAGCGCGGCGCUGGCGGCUCAAAUCACAGCUGAAAUCACAGAUAAUAUCGAAGAACGGCUUAGUCAGCUCGAUGGCAGCCCCAACAUUGUUGACAUAAGCGCGGCAACUCUGGAAGCUGGAAGCGUAACGCUGCCAACGACACCCAUCAGGCAGCAGCAACAGCAGCAGCAGCUGCAGCUGCUACAACAGCCGGAGAUACUCAACUCACCACAGCAUUCAACAGUUGGCCGACAGGCGAACGCACUGUUAACGCCGCAGAGCACGAGUAGCUCGAUAAAUUUUCUGAAAGAUGGCGCUGCUAAUGCCGUGCUGGAGGAUCAGGAUAUUGAGGAGGUGCUUAAGGCACUUAAAACGUUCGACGGCAAUCAUGUGAAUCCGGAUACGAUCGAUUUUAAUUUCUUCAAUGAUUUCACCUACAACGAGGAGGAGACGGCCGCCGUUACAGCAGCAGCAGCCGGCGGCGGCUGCACAACAACACCAACAACUACAACUGGAAGCGGAGGAGUAGCUGGGGCAGCAUCAAACGUAGCAGCAGCAGCAGCUGUCGCUGUUGUGGAUGAUUCAAAAGCCAGCUGCAGCACCAGCAGCAACUGCAUCAGCAAACCACUUCGUCCCUGGGACGAGUGUCAUGCGGAGCUGGUGUUGCAGCAGCAUGAGCUGGUGCGCAAACAGGACUUUUUGCUGCGACGCUUGCGCAAAAUGCAGGCUCGCCACAUGUGUCGCCAUGCCAGCGACGAAGUGGCCGGCAUACUCGAAUGGUCGGCACGCACCUCAAAUAAGUCGGCCAAUGUUGCUGCACCAACGGCGCACAGUAGUGUUAAGCUGACACCACAGGCGGCCGCUGUGCUCUCGACUGUCACUGGCCGGCCGGACAGCAGUUUCUGGGAGGAGCUUUCGAAGCGUCCACUGCCCGCCAGCCAAAUGAGCAACGUGCUCCGACACAUUGAGACGGCGGCGCGCAAACAACAAAUCUGUCACACAAUUGGUGGUGGCUCCGCAUCGCUGGCAUCUUCUUCGUCGUGGUACAGCAGCGCCGCACAGCCGGGCAAGCGGCCACGCAAAACGACGACACAGCCAAUGCUGGAUGCAGCCAACAGGAGCAGCACAGCUGUCGGCGCCGAAGCCAUAUCCACGGCGUCGACGAUUAUGCCGCGCACCGAUGAAAUUGUGCCCAAUUUUGAUAGCUAUGUGACCAGCGAGUUGACGCAUGUCUCGGGUCUGUUGCACACGGAAAUGCGUGAGGUACAAAAUGCCAUCGACUCGGAUGCCACAGAGUCGAGCUCUGGCGGCGAAUCAGCCGAUGAGAUGGUCAACUACAACAAUUCCCAACAGUUGUCAUUGCCAAUAACGCAACGAGCUGUUUGGCGCUACUCGCGAGAUCGUGCCAAUAUAGCGCUGCGCUGGUCCUGGCUGUGCACCCAGGUGAGCGAUCUGGACAUGAAGAUUCGCCAGCACAACGAUGUGUACAACGAUCUGUGUCGCUCCGAGGGCAAAGUGCUGCUCGAAUCGACGCCGGCGCCAAAGAAUGGCUACAAGGAUCAGCAACAGCAGCAGCUGCAGCUGCAGCAACAACAGCAACUGCAGUCGCUGCCAAUGGACGGGGAUCAACAAGCAACAUCUGCUGGUGAUCAUCUGUGCAGUCGAGCGCGUCCAUUGAUGCUGUCCGAGUUCCGUAAGCGCAAGCUCUUCCAAACGACGAAUAUGCACACAAUAUCGAAGAAGGCGGCCAGGCCGAGUAACAUCAAAUGUGGGUGCCAAUGGCCACAGGUGCCCUGCACGCUCUGCACCGGCCGCCCAGAUCCGACGGCGCCGCGCGACUUGCCCGAAACGCUGAUGCCCCAGAUACGUGUUGCCCUGCUCGAUCCCGGCUAUCAUCCCGUGCUGAGCUUCUCCAAUGAUGUUUGCCAGUCGGUGCAUUUGGAGGCGAUUAGCCGUCAGCCGGAUUGGCAAUAUCGGGUGAUGCGCAGCCAGGCCAAGGCGAUUGUGAGGGGCGUGUGGAAGGCGGAACGCGAAGCGAUCGCUUCGAAUGGCGGCGGCGCUGGCGCUGGCGGUCGUCGAAACGGCGGCACCGGCGAGCCCGUCAAGCGUCGUGCCUAUGUGCGACGCAAGGAGCGCAAUAAUAAUAAUAAGAACAACAACAGCAACCGAAGCAAUAGCAAAGAAACAUCAACAUCAACAACAAAAACAACCAUACAAAACAAUAAUAACAACAUUAACAAUAAUAAUAACAACAACAAUCACAGCAUGAGCAGCAGCAGCAGAGGAGGAGGAGGAGGCAUCGUUGGACUGGUGGAUAGCGGAAACGGUACUGGUACUGCUACUACUUCUACUUCUUCUACUACGCCUACUACAACGCCCCUCGGGGCCAACAUGAGCAAAAGGCAGUCGGCGACAACAGUUGCUUUUCCGUUGUCGGAUUCAAGUCAGCAACAACAGCAGCAGCAGCAGCUAAAUAGAAACUCUUCACUGAUCUCCAGCAAUGGCAACAGCAACAAUAAAAAGCCACGCAAAUCGAAAACCUCAAACACACAACAAACACACAGCAUUAACAACAACAGCAACAUCAACAAUAACAAUCACAAAAAAAUCAACAACAACAACAGCAGCAGCAGUGGGAGCAACAGUCGACAGGCCAGCGUUGGGGACAACAGCAACAGUCGCUUCACCAGCGACUCCCAGUGGGAGCAGCAGCAGCAGCAGCAACAAAACAGUCGACGUAGCUCCGCCGAAACGCACGGACAACGCACAAAAGAUCGACGCAGUCGACCCAAAUACGACAUUGACAACAUCGUGAUACCCCAUAGCAUGGCGGCGCAGAACCGCAUCGAGUUAUUGCCCUAUAAGGAGAUACCGACACCAAAGUGGCGCAUUGUAGACAGUGAUAAUGAGAAGAAGCUACAAUCGGAGAGUCCGUCAAAGCAGAGCACUAAAAAGCUGAGCAAUGGAUGUGCGGAAGGGCAAGCAGCAACAAAUCCUCCUCCUGCAACGCUACCCCCAAAAACCGCAGAAGCAAACUCGCAAACACCCGCAGAAACAUUAACACCAACAACAACAGCAACCACACAAAAUGCUGCCAAGCCAAAUAACAACACAGAAAUGAAGGAGGCUUCGAAGAUCAAUGGCAUUAAGCAGUCAAGCAAAAAGAAUAAAAAGAAGCAGAAGCCGAAGCCGAAGGAUCUGCCAGAACCUGUCAAUCAACCGGCAAAAGCAGAGCAGCCACUCAGCAAUGGGCUAAUCAAUGGCAAGCCAGAGCAGAAGGAGCAACUGCAGCAGCAGCAGCAGCCGACAAAACCACCAUUAACUACUACUUUGAAUGGCAAAACCAAAAAGCACAAAAUUAAAAAGAACCCUGUGAAUAAUGUAAAUGUAAAUGUAAAUAAGGCAAAUGCUGCAUCAACUGCAACUGCGCCUGCUCCUGCCUCAACUCUUGCUGCUCCUCCUGCCAGCAAGGACACAAAAAAAGAAGUCGCAGCUGAAAUUCUGGAGCCGCCCAGCAAACGGCCCAAACUGCAAUUGGGUGCAACUAAACUCAACUCGGCCGAUGACGAUGAGCCGGUGGAGGACAUCACGGAUGAGGCGUACAUAAUGCGACAUCAGCGUGCGCUGAUCGAGGAGCGACGUCGCUUCGAGACCCUCCUAAAGUUUCCGGACAGCAAACGUUCGCGUUCCAAUCGACGUGUUGACAGCCGUGCCGGAUCGAGUGGCGCCAACACACCCGAUCCUGCCUCCCCGGCGGCAGCUUCGCAUUUAGCUGGACCGCUCGCCGCUGACAACGAAAACAUACCCUCACCGCUGGCGCAAACGAUGCUGCAUCAUGCGCUGCAUCCGCUCGACACAAUUGCGGCGGAUAGCGUGCUAACGGCAACUGCGGCGACAAAGCGCCAGGAGCGCCGGCGCACCACAUCCAGCAAGCUGAAGGAUCACGAUCGCCGCAGCGCCACACCAGAUGUUAGAGAUCUUCAAUUCACGCUGGAGCCGCCACCGUUUGAGCCGCUGCACUUUCCGCUCGCCGAAGAGGUGAAUGAACGACUGCUGGCCCAGAUGAAUGCCCAGCUCCAGGAGCCACAGGCAACGACAACGAUUGCAACUACGGCAGUCAAGCGCAGCAAGAGCAAAUCCGUCUCCUCCUCCAAUGGCGGCGAUGGCCACUCAAACAAUGCGGGCAGUCGACGCAGCAGCAAAGCUAAAGCCACAAACAUCAGCAAAUUGGCUCAAACGGGAGCAACGGCAACAACAAUGGCCCAAUUGAAUGGUGGCCAAAGGCCGCAACUGGCAGCAGCGCCACAUAUUAAUGGCGAUGACGACGCUCUUGGCUAUGACGAUGGCAUUGACUAUGCGCCAGAGGAUGAGGGGGAAGUGGACGAUGAAGAGGAGGAGGAGGAGGAAGAAAUGCUGCUGGAGGAGGAUGAUGAUCAUCAUCAUCAUCUGGCGCCGCCCGAGGAUGACAACCAGCCCGCCAGCAUGGCCGUUGAGACGAGUCUGUACAAUGCCAGCAUCGAUGCUUAUAUCGGCGAGGCAGGGUGGCUCGACGAGGAGGAACUGGCGGAUGAUCCGUUCAUGGACGAUGAUCCCAAUGAUCCCGAAUGGAAGCGCAGCAUUGGUGUGCGCAUUCGCAAGCGAAUGUAAAACAGCGACGAGUAGCGAGUGUCAAGCAGCGAGUAACGAGUAUCAAGCAGCAACUAACGAGUUUCAAGUAGCGAGUAUCAAGAAGCGAGUAGCGAGUGUCAAGCAGCGAGUAGCGAGCAUCAAAUGGCAAGGGAGUAACUAGCAGCGGGCAGCGAGUAGCUAUCAGCUAGCAGCGAGUAACAAGCAGAGGGCAACGAGUGCUGUCAGCCAAACGAAUCCAAAGCUAUCAACACCAUGUGAAAUAAAUUUCAUUUUUUUUUAUAAAUAAUUCGUCAAUUUUUAAAAAGUAAUUGCUUGAAAGACACCCACAUAUUUUAGCUUGUUUUUAACGAUUUUGUUGUUUCUUUUUUUUCUUUGUUUAUUGUUAAAACGCAGCAAGUUCCCACAUUCAAAGAAAAAUUACAAAAAAAAAGAAGAAAAAAAAUUAAAUCAAAACUUGUAAACUCAACUUAAAAAGCAUUGCUGGUUAUUUCUAAUCAAUUUCUUAGUUAUUUAGUUCUAAAUAAAAACAAAACUCUUGAAAUAUUCAAUGUAAAUAUAAAACUAAAGGAAUAAACGAGCUAAGCGAUAAGAGAUAAUAGAGGAUAUAUAUAUAUAUAUACUUGUGUAUGAAACUAACACUAACGGAUAAAGUUUAUGAUAAUAAUAUUAAUACUAAAUUAGUUUAACACACACACACACAAAGUUUACGCAACACUGAGAGAAAACAAACUCACUUUGGGCUACAAGUCGAAAGUGUGUUAUUUUUAAAGAAAGAAAAAAUAAAUAUAUAUAUAAAUAUUAACCUAGUUAUUAUGUAGUAGAUCAUAUAAAUGGAAAAACAAAAAAAUCGAAAAAGUUAAUGUUGAUUUCAAAAUGUAUUUGCGCACCCCAAAAAAACAACAAAAAUAGUAACAGCAACAACACAAACCAAACAAACAACUGUACAUUAAUGCCGUUUUAAAAGUUACUGCGCCUGUUUGCCCCCUUUUUCCAACAAUUAAUGAAUAUCCAAAAACAAAAAAAAUAUAUAUAUAUAUUAAUAUAUAUAAAAUGCGCCACGUCAAAUGAAUUCAUGUAUUUAGUUAGUUUAGGCGCUUUAAUUUCUUAAUCUACUUUUAAGCACAAGCAAAAAUAGUUGCUAACUAUAGACACUUAAAUGUAAAGCUUAAUCUUAACUUUGGAAACACACACUCACACACACACACAUGCAUACAUGCAUACAUGCGAUAU